CCGACUGUAGAGGAGAGGCGCCAUGCGUGGUGUGGGCUGGCCCAAGGGGCCCUGGGUCGCGGGGCGGAGCUUGAGCCGCUACCUGCGGCGCGUCAGGUCGCCCGGCAACGCGGCGGACGCUGCCGGGAUGGCCUCUAAGGGCAGCAAGAAGAAGGAGCUCGGGAGUCGCAGUAGCUCCGGGAUCCUGGGCGCCUCCGCCAAAGAAGUACCAAUCUACCGCGUAGGUGCUUCAAGAUUUCCCAUUUGGCCAGAAUGGAAUGAAGCUGACAUCAGUGCAGAAAAAUGGGAUUCUGGAAAAGUUGGAAAAGAGAAAGAAAAGGCUGGGAAAAGUCCUAUUUCUCUCAUCUUUGAUGAUCCUGAAGGAAAAAUAAAAUUGCCAGCAUCCUUAGAAGUACAUUCAUGGAAACGACCACAAGAGUUUUCAGCGAAUGAGACUCCUGUGGUGGUCAAAAAUGAGACCUCAUGUGACCUUUUUUCAGCAAAUGAACAUUUAUUUUGUAGUGAGCUGAUGCGGUGGAUUAUAAGUGAGAUUUGUGCUCUCUGGAAAAUAUGUAAUGAAAAGGCCUUAUCUAAUGGAGCAUCCACACUGUUUUGGGGGCCGUGGGAACAUAUUUAUCCCUUCACUAAAACUACUAAGGGACACAUGCCUCUGUACAAUAGCUAUGGAAAAUACGUAGUGAAACUGUACUGGAUGGGCUGCUGGAGAAAGAUCACUGUGGAUGACACUAUGCCUUUCAGUGAAGAGGGUAAUUUGUUACUACCAGCGACAACAUGUCAAACUGAACUUUGGCCAAUGCUGCUGUCUAAAGCUAUCAUUAAGCUGGCAAAUACUAGUUUACGUGAAAAUGAGAAAAGAGAGCUGGAGGAAUUUACUGUUUUACAUGCACUGACUGGGUGGAUACCAGAAGUUAUUCCUCUCCAGCUUGGAUACUUGGAUAAAGUCUGGGACCUUCUGAAAACAAUUGUGCCAGAAUUUAAGUGGACAGAUGAGAAUACUUUUCAGGCAAAUACAAAACCUAAGGAGACCAAACCCUCAGUGUUAAAAAAUGAAAUUUUACCUGUGAACAAACAGCCGGAUAAACCUGAGAAAGCAGAGAAAUCUGACAAAGAAAAAGCAGAGCAGAAAGAAAUGGGGAAGAAGAAAAAUAGAGACGGAGAAAAGGAAAAAAGCAAGUCAGUGCUUCAUGCUUCAGAAGCAUCAACAGAAGUACAGUGCUCUCCUCAGCCUUUAGCUGAGAGUUCUUCUGUGCCUACCCAGCCAGAAAAGGCGGUCUAUGCUGGCUGUAUGCCAUUACAUUUGUCUGAAGAGAAGAUUUUUUCCUUAGUUGAGAUGACUGAUUCUUCAGAGAAGCUGAGACAGCAUGGGCUUUCCCAAGUAUACAGCCAUCCCGUCCUGGUUACUAGAACUAGGUCCUGCCCCCUGGAAGCCGCAAAGCAACCAGCUUUACCAGUUGCUCCCUGGAAGCUUUUCCGUCAGAAAAAAACAACUGUUGCGAAAUCUGAACCUCAAGAACCUGUGAUAGAGAAACCUGAACAAUAUGUUGAGAUUGCUAGUCUAUUUUUAAAUCAGAAAUUUAAUUCUAUCAAAAUACCCAAGGAUAUCUCCUUCACACAGUCUACCAUCCAAAAAGGAUUUCAUUUGGUGACCCAUCUCCCUUCUGUCACUGAAAGCAAUGAAAAUGUAGAUGACAGUAAUGUGGAAAUGAAUCAAAGUGGGAGAUGCUCAAAUGCAGAAGAUUAUUCUCAGGAACAGCAUAAAACAGAGAGACCCACUGGAGAAGAAUCGCGUGAGAAUUUUAGUUCUAAUUCAAAACAAAUGUCAAAAACAGCUGAUACUGUUGUGAACAGCAAGGCAGUGGAUGAAUCAAAGGAAGAAAUCAAGUCAGAAAAAACUUCUGUUUCCACGGAAACCUGGAUUAGCAUUGAGGACUUCUGUGUUUGUUUCCAGAACCUGUAUGUUUUUCAUAAGCCACAUACAUAUGCUUAUAACUAUCAGAAGACAGACUUUAAGUCUACUGAUGAUCGAGUCUUCUACUAUUUACUUGUGGACAGUCUGAAGCCUAUUGAAAUUCUGGUUAGCUUUUCUGCACUAGUAUGCUGGAAUGACACUGGAGCUGCUAAACAAGAAGGUUCUAGUGUUUCAAAGGCACUGUUGAAGGUUGAACAUUUUUCUUGGAAAUGUGUGACUCCGGGGGAACUUGUGCUAAAGAUGCAUACACACGCAACCAAAGCUACUGUGUUAAAUCUCCCUGUUGGGCGACACAUACUUCUCUUUACAAUAAGUUCUGCUGUAGGGCACCAUAUUCAUCUCUGUAGCAUGGUGCCCUGUGUCUUUGGAGAAGAGGAUGCUGUAAUGCGAAAUCUCGAAAAGGAAAGCUACCGAUUUAUUGGGCAGGCUACUGCUAUCCUGAAAGCUAUCGGAAAUGUGAUUAAUAAUUUCAGCAGUAAACCCAAACUUUCUGAAGCUCUGAAGGAUUUGGAGCUCACUCAUUGUCCUCCUGGCAUCUGUGGUACUGAAAUGGCUGAGGAACAUUUUAAGGUUUUCAAUAGUGCAUUAUGGUCUUUGAUCAAAUAUGUAUUGGACAAGAAGAUGCCUCAUAAGUAUAAAUUUGCCUUCAGGUCCUUCACUUUAGAUUUUAAAUACACUGAUGUAUUUGAGGAUGACAGUGUGUCUUCAGAGAGUUGUGAAGUGAAUUCCCUAAGUAACUGGCAGAAAAGAAUUCCCACUUCUGAAGAAGAAGCAGCAGCUCUUAAACUCCAAGCUGUUUGGAGGGGGACUUCUGUGAGGAAAUUACUGAAGAGCAGAAAACCAGGUACUAAAGAAAACGCUGCUGUGAAAGAAAUCUUGCAAACAUUGUGGACUUCCAUUGAGCUAAAUUUUGAACAGUGUGCUGUAGUGCUGUUAAGAGAAAUGUUUAAAAGAAACUGUAACUCAAUCAAAAAAUUUCCUUGUUAUGAAGAUGAGCGGUGUAAGAUCUCUUUCACUGACUAUGCUGUAACAUAUUCUGAUCAGCCACCAAAUACUUGGUUUGUAGUUUUUAGAGAAAUAUUUUUUGUCCCAGAAGACAUGCUCAUAGUGCCAAAGAUGUAUACCACUAUUCCUUCCUGUAGACUUCAUGUAAUUGAUAAUGACACACUGGAGGAAAUGCCACAAGUCUUUUUGAAAGUGGCACCUCAUAUUUACCCAAAAAAUAAGAAAGGAUACACGUUUAUGGCUGAAGCACGUACUGGUGACCAGUCUUUGGCAGCUGGAAGAUGGAGGCUCCGACUCAUCAGUUCUCACAGUCCACUCCCGUUCCUCUCUCGUGAGGCUGUAAAUAACAUCUAUUCUACUAAAGAAAUUAAAGACUAUUACGUACCCAAUGACAAAUGUGUAAUGUUCAGGUAUUCAGUAAAAGUCACAGCAUCCCAUAUUGCUACAGUGCAGGUACAAACCUCUAAAUCAGAUGUGUUCAUUAAGCUACAAGUCCUAGAUAAUGAGGAAGAAAUUGUAAAUGUCACUGGAAAGGGCCAUGCAGUCAUUCCUGCUUUUAAUUUCCUGAGUAAUGAAACACUUUUGAGUUCCCGCUCCAGUAAAAGCCAGCUUAUUCAAAGUGUUGGAAAGAAGGAAUCAGAAACUGGAUUUAGAAGAAGAAGUAAUGUUUCAGCUCCAAAGAAUACCAAAAGUUCUUUCAAGAAAGGAAUUUCACAAGACCGUCUAUCUGUGUUAGAAGAAGAAUCUUUCCCCUUGGAAAACUUUGAAAAUAAUCAGGGAAGUCCACAACAACCUCACAGGUAUAUCAUACAGGCAUUGGUAUUAUAUAAUAGUUGGCCACUCAGCGAGAGCGAGAUUCCAUUUGUCCAGUCUCUGAAAGAAGCAGAGAAAAAUGAACUCAAAGACCUUAAACACUGUAGAAGAAAUUACAUCAGGCUAAAUCCAGCUGCUGGAGUGAGGUGAGGCUGCAGGAACUCUAUGUUCCCAAGUCCAACCAGUAAUGAGGCUUAUGGUGCGCUCUCAGCAGGCAUGCACACGUGGAACACGCAUAGACGCUAUGUACAUACGUACAUACGUGGCCAACCACAGCAAUUGCAGACAGGCACUGAAAGCACUGAUGUGAACGCAGCACCAAUGGGCUCAUCCUGCCAUUCGCAUGCUAACUGGAUCAGUAUGUGUGUAAAAUUCUACUAAAUGGCCUGAAUGAAGAUUUAUUAUUUUCAUAUUCUUCUUGUUUAGAUGAGAAGUGUUUUAAAAUGAAGAUCUAUUGUACUUGCUUCUAAAUCACAACAAAUUUCUCUAUGUAUUUAGAAUACAUAUUCCACUAUAAUAUAUUAUCUUGCAAACUCAUGCAUUCAAUUUCAGUUUAGAUAAUACUAGACUUAUUAUUUGUUAGUCAUUACAGCUAACAGAACAUCAGUUGCAUAACAUGUAGAGAGACAUAGCCCCAAAAAUGUGGAUUGAUAUCUGACUUUUUGGCAUGGAAAGAGAUACCUGCAUGAGUUGCAAGUGAGAUAGAUUACAUUCUUUCGUGGGUAUAAUAAUAUUCAAGGAGCUGUGCCUCACAGACAUAUGUUCAGGAAGCUUUUUCAGUUGUUUCAUCCUCUUUUAGGCUGUUGCAUUGAUCACAUAAUCGCACCCUAUUACAUAGUUGUUUUUCUGACUUGGCUGCAGCUUGCACAUAACAUACUAGCCAUGCUUUCGGUGUGUACCAUUUCAUACAACCUCCACAAUGGUCUGUAAAGCUGCAGGUCGAAAGAGGUCACUCGGUCACUGAAUUUCUGUGCUAGUUCUCAGUUGUUGAUGCCGGAGCUUGUCAGUAGCAUGGGUACUCUAAUGUUUGGUACCCAGUAGCAGUACUACUGUUCAUAGCUUCCCUUAUCCUUUUUAACUGGUACUUUGGCCCAUUUACAGUCAACUAGAUUCAAGUCACAAUCAGUGAUAAAGAGAAAUUUUCUAGUAGGAUGUUUUUAACGUUGUGAUUUCUGUGUCCUGCUAUAAUUGCUGCUUUUCAAAGUAAUCAAAACUCAUUUCUCAGUUCAGAUUAACUGAAUAUUUAUGUUUAUACAAGAAUACAAACUGACUGUGUUCACAUGGAAUAAAAACUAGAUUGUUCAGGCCACUAAGAGAGUUUAUACAGAACAUAUCUCAACACUUACUGUACUUACUGCUUAGUACUUAUUUUGUGUACUCUCUAUCAGCAGCAAUAUUUAUCUGGAGCACUUACUAUACAGGUUAGUAUUUUGGAGUAAACAACAUUUAAUCUCUGAAUAUUCUGCUGAUUGUGAACCAGUUUUCAAAUUAAAGUGAUUUGAAAACUGAGAUUUACCAUUGCAGGUUGUCAGCAUCACUUCUCAACCACACAAUUCGUACUGUAGCAGUGUUGAUACUUAUCCAAAACAAAGUCCACUCACGGUGUGAUUUUUAAGAAAACUGCAGUGAGCUGGGUGGAAAAUUCCUGGGACAAAUCUCAAAUUUCAGGCAAUAAUAUUUCAUGUAAGGCAAUAGUGCCAUCUGGAGUUAGCUUUGUGUUAAAGCUGAUUUAUUGUGUCAAAAACAUAUUUCUGCCUUGUGUUAUCCUUUAACAGUCUUUCAAGGUAGUCUCCCUCUAUAAGACUCAUAUUACUCACUGGUAUUGUAAGUAAUUAUUAAGAAAAUUUUGGUUGAAGUUAAGUUCUCCAAUAAUAGUUUUGUAUUUUUUCUUUAUUGAUGUUUAUCCUUUUUUUUCUUCAUAAUCCGUUAAGACUGCUGUUUGAUAGUAUUUGUAAGAACUGUUUGCAAAAGUGAUUUCACAACUAACAUUUAAUCACAAUUAUUGUAUGUGACAUCUCAUAAAACAUUUUAUUAAAUAACACUUUGCAUAAACAGAACAUUAAAAAGGCAUUAACCAAGAAAUGAGCAAGAUAGCUCAUUUUGUCCCUGUCGUUUCAUCUGUUCCCAUGUUAUUUAUUUAAUAACUUCUCAAUGUAUGUAGGUCUAGAACAUCAACAUUCUAAAAUUCAGAGCUAUCAGAUCUUUAUAGAAGCCAAAGUUUGUAGUAUCCCUUUGCACGGAUAGUCUUUGUCUCCUAAUAUGUUAUGACAAUGUGAAAUUAAAUAGAAAGCCUUUUAUAUAAUAAUAUUAUAACUUCAGAUAAUGCCAUUGGUUUUUAUUUUAUAUUUGCGUUUCUUCUGGAGACGUUUUAUUAUUUUCAGUAUUUGUGGAGACUGCUUUAAUUUUUGCUUUCAUUCCUUAUUGUAUGUUUUGGUUGCACUGAAUGAAUUUACACAUAGCUUUUUGGUACCAUUGUAUGUUCUUUAAGUAGCUUAAGGAGGUAAGAAUGUAAUGUAUACAUAAAUACGUGUAUAAUGUAUGAUGUGAUAUACAUAAAUAUCAUAUAUAUUUGUGCAUGUAGUUAGUAAAAGUGUAUUAUAAAUUUGCUUGUAUAUCUUUCAAAUUUACCAUUUUAUAUUUCCAUAUAACCCUGACAAUGAAUAUCUGUUCCAAAUCUCAUUAAAGCCAGUGGAAUACCUUCAGCAGACUUCUGAUCAAAUCAAGCAGUACAGAGAUCUUUCCUCAGUGGAAAGAGGUUAGAAACACAGCAGCAAGUGAAAGAUACCUUGUUAUUAUCUUCAGACUCAUUUCCUCUUUUUUCCAAGAGAAAUCUGAUUGCACUGAUCAAAUCCCAUUUUUCAGCAUUUGUUUUAAUGUUUCAAGCAGCAAGAAGGUGAAGUGUAAUAGAGAUUUCAGACUCUGGUCUUUAAUCUAGUACUGUUGUGGAUCCAGUCCAGCUUGUUUCAUUUGCUGUGUUCCUAUGCUAUUAAAGCUGUUUGCUAUUGCAGACCUUACUUAUUCUUUUUUAGUUUUAUAACAAGAACAUGGCAUGAAAAAACAAUUGUUAACAUUUCUUACCACCGAAGACAGUGAAGAAUGAAAGUGAUAUAUGUGCUAGUUCUUAGCUAUUCAAUUCAACAAAUAUCAUACAUACAGCAUAUGCAUGUACUGAUUAAGUAAUUAAUCUAAAAAUUUCUGUUUGAUCUGAGAAUGAUCGUUUUGAUUUUCCCGGGUACACACUGAGUCUUAAAUAUGUUUUGUUGCCUUAAUUUCCUUCCAUUUUGGAUUUUUUUGUGUGUGUGUAUGUUCUGCUCUCCAGUCUUUCAGGCUGACAGAGACAUGAGGCAAUGAGAACACUGACUUUACUUCCUUUGAGCUUCUCACCUUUAUGGCGGAGAUUGUGUAAGAGAACUAAGGAUCAGAUUGCUAGCUACAGAUUAUCAGUCUCCUCUUUGGACUGACUUAUACACAGAACAAUAGGGCAGUUAUUGAUAUGCAUGUACCAUGGUAAACCAAUAAUUAAGUCCUGGGUAAUAUGCUGUUUAGGACAAGUAAAGCCGUUGUAAUAUGUCUACUUCCAUAAGCUUGUUUUUAAAAGCUUUAUUGUCUCCAGAUUCUUUCUUGCUCCAACAGUUAAUAUUGGUGUAGUACUUAACAGUGUCAACUAAUUACAUAAGACUUUUCUUUGUCUUUCCUA